GCGUACCGAGUACCAUAGGUUGGGGACUUGUCAAAAUAAUGUAAUUUGUUGUGGUUGCUACAAUAAGAGCGAACGAUUUAAAUUGAACCCAAACCAGAUUUUUCUCACCUAUGACGUAUUGGCGUAUAUAUUAAACAUAUAUAAAGUGUGGCGCUCAGAAGGACCGUGAUAGAGACCUCAUAAAUCGGGAUGGACGGUCGCUGUAUAAGCUUGGUGUUUCUGGUACUGGCUUGCUAUUAUCCGGGUUCCUAUUCUAUUACACCCGCUGAAUAUGCAGAUGCGGUGGAUCAAACUUUGCAACAGGUGAUGGACUGUGCUCCCUGGAUUCCGGGGCUGACGGUCAGCGUUGUGAAGGAUUUCCAGACUCUGUUCGCCAGAGGUUACGGGGAGACCGUCGUCAAUUCGAACACUCCCGUCACAGAACAAACACUCUUCCAGAUCGGCUCCAUAUCCAAAUCCUUUGCGGCAACAUUGCUGGUCAAACAAAUGGAAGAUGAAAAUUUGGCCCUAACAACAAAGGUAAAAGACAUGAUGGACCCGGGAUUUGUCUUCGUCGAUCAAGAGCGGACGGAUUCCGCCACGGUGGUGGACAUUCUGGCCCACAGGAUGGGAGUCCCUGACCAUACCAAUCUCAGGCUGGACCAGAACCUGACCAGGGCCAACCUCCAACAACGUUUUGCCGCUAUGACGCCGGUGAAAACGUUCGGGAAGUCCUUCUUGUACUCCAACAUGAUGUACGGAUUUGCUUCCUACCUCUCCGAGAGACUGGGCAACGAGCCGUGGGAAAAUUUAGUGACGUCGGAAAUUUUCGACCGUCUUGGCAUGACGUCAUCCACGUUUAUAACCACUCUGGCGGAUCUCUCGGGCGCUGCACAGGGCUAUGAUAAAGGACCGAAAUCCAAACCAAAGGCGGUUCCGUUGGAACUCAGCAAGAAAUGGGGGAUCUGGGCAGGUUCAGGGGCCAUCAUGUCGAACGCAGUGGAUAUGGCUAAAUACAUGAACUUUCACCUCAGUAACACGGACAAGAAUGGUAACGAGUUCAUGACAACAGCGAAUUUCAACGCCUUACACCAACAACACAGAAAACUGUCCUCUACCACGGUAAACACACACUUUGGAAAUGAGGAGAUCCCAACCACUGAAAAUGGCUAUGGGCUUGGCUGGAAGCGAGGACUUUAUAGAAACAACGACAUUCUCCUACACGCUGGCAGCACGUACGGCUACAGGUCAUUCAUCACACUGUUCCCCUCUCAGAAUAUUGGCGUGUUCACUUCCAUGAACGGCGAGGACGACGACUAUAUCCUGCGCGUCUUAAUGCACAACUUCCUGUCUGACGUCGCACUUGGAGUGACGCCAUGGCUUGAUGCGUCAUCUAUCUGCGAAAGACUGACGGCGCCAAAGUACACGGGGUACUACAACACAAACAACCCACAAAGGCCCAUAACCGAAUAUAUAGGUCUGUACGUCAAUCCCAUCUACGGAAAUUUGAAUGUCGAGUUUGACCCAAACAAUGAACACUUGGUCCUGAGGUACGGAGUCGCUACAUGGGACUUUUGGACAAAAUCAGGAAAGGACCAGUUCAAAGCAGAAGGAACUGGGAUGAUCAAAUAUUUGAAAAACAUGUACCGCUUCACUUUCCUGACUAAUGAAAAUGACGGAAUAGUUUCGGUAAGGGUAGACAGUUUCUGCUCCACGUGCGGAAACGACCCACCGAUUUUUCAUAAGGUAGUGUGAUAAAUCAUGUGAUGUAUUUUUCCGAAAUAAAUCGAACUCCCCUAUUAUUGGUGUUUCCUUUUAAAGGGGCAUGGUCACGAUUUUAGUCAAACAUUAUUUUUCCGAUUUUAAUGUUUACAAUGCUUUAUAGUAAGGCAUUUUUAAUAGACAACCAAAAUUUGAGUGUCAUUUGUUGAGUUGUAAGGGAGUUUCAGGGCUAACAAUUAUUUGCUAUAUAUUUACAUUCUACUAUGUUUUUCCAUUAAAUUCUGUUUUUCAAUUGACGGCAGUUAUUGACCGACGACUUCAAAAAUAAAUCAUUCGAUGCUGUAGUA